CAGGGAGCCAGGUGUGCCGCCCCCCGCUGCUGCACGGCUCGCUGCCCUGGCUGGACGGGAGCAAAGCGCUGAGCAGCCACCACAGCGCUUCCCCCUGGAACCUCAGCCCUUUCUCCAAGACCUCCAUCCACCACAGCUCACCGGGACCCCUUUCCGUCUACCCACCCGCCUCCUCUUCCACUUUAUCCGCCGGCCACUCCAGCCCGCACCUUUUCACCUUCCCACCGACCCCUCCUAAAGAUGUGUCCCCGGAUCCGUCCAUCUCCACCCCCGGCUCCACCGGCUCCACCCGGCAGGACGAGAAGGAAUGCAUCAAAUACCAGGUGUCCCUGGCCGAUACCAUGAAGCUGGAGUCCUCUCACUCUCGGAGCAGCAUGGCCUCUUUAGGAGGAGCCACCUCCUCCGCUCAUCACCCCAUCACUACCUACCCACCGUAUGUCCCAGAAUAUGGCUCUGGACUUUUUCCCCCCAGUAGCCUCUUAGGAGGAUCGCCUACCGGGUUCGGGUGUAAAUCGCGACCGAAAGCACGGUCAAGCACAG